GACAGAGAAGCGGAAGAACCCGCCCAGGCUUCUCCGUGACGUCAUGAAAGGACAAACUGGUUUACGGCGAGGUCAUUCUGUCUCUCCGAGUAGACGGUUGCAGCUCAGCAGAGGCGCCAUCUUAAGAAACUGAGAGACGUUGCACCGCCAGCAGGCAGGACACCACCAUGUACCCCACCGCUUUGACGCAGCUGGCCCGUGGCAACCCUUUCAGCGCUCCCCUGUUCAGCCUCAAGACAGUGGAAGAACCUGAACAGAGCCUUCAUGGACAGAAGACCCGCAGAUUGGCAGCAGCCGCCACCGCAGAUGAGGGAAACAGUUGUGAGUUCGGCUCUCAGAAGUAUCUCGUCCUGUGCGGCUUUGGUGGGAUUCUGAGCUGUGGCACCACACACACAGCUGUCGUUCCCCUCGAUCUGGUCAAAUGCAGAUUGCAGGUUGAUCCUGAUAAGUACAAGAGCAUCGGCAAUGGCUUUAGAGUGACAGUGCGGGAAGAUGGUAUCAGAGGUCUGGCAAAGGGCUGGGCUCCCACCUUCAUUGGCUACUCCAUGCAGGGACUGUGCAAGUUUGGCUUCUACGAAGUGUUCAAGAUCUUUUACGGUGACAUGCUGGGGGAGGAGAACACCUACCUGUGGAGGACAUCGCUGUAUCUGGCGGCCUCAGCCAGCGCAGAGUUCUUUGCAGACAUUGCUCUGUCUCCCAUGGAGGCUGUCAAAGUUCGUAUCCAGACCCAGCCGGGCUACGCCAACACCCUUAGACAGUGUGUCCCCAAGAUGUUCGCAGAGGAGGGAAUCUGGGCUUUCUAUAAGGGUUUGGUGCCGCUUUGGAUGAGGCAGAUCCCCUACACCAUGAUGAAGUUUUCCUGUUUUGAGCGCACCGUGGAGUUGCUCUACAAGCAUAUGGUUCCCAAGCCCCGUAGUGAGUGCACCAAAUCUGAGCAGCUGGUGGUCACCUUUGUGGCCGGUUAUAUCGCUGGUGUGUUCUGUGCCAUUGUGUCCCACCCGGCUGACUCCGUGGUGUCUGUGCUGAACAAGGAGAGGGGCAGCACUGCUGUCGGGGUCCUCAAGAAGCUGGGACCCAAAGGUGUGUGGAAGGGUCUGGUCGCCCGUAUCAUCAUGAUUGGUACUCUGACCGCCCUACAGUGGUUCAUCUACGACUCUGUCAAGGUCUACUUCCGCCUGCCCCGCCCCCCUCCCCCUGAAAUGCCCGAGUCUCUCAAGAAGAAGCUCGGCCUCACAGAGUAACCUAACCCUCCAUCCCUUCACUCUGCAGCAGACUCAACUGAACCCCUGCCCAAACUUCCACAGUGCACACAGCAGUUUUCUAUAUUUAUGUCUUCAGCUCCUGCUGCUCUGCACAGGGCUGCUGCUACUACUAAUGUAUAUUUAAAAACAGAAACGAGCAAGGAGAGAAGAUGGAACUGUCGCUCAUGGUUUACCAUGAGUCAGACCGAAAAUAUUCCUCCGUAGAAUCACCCAUCUGGUUUAUCAAUUCCUGUCAUUAGAAAAUAGUUGACAUUCGAAUAAAAGAAUUUAAUUCCCUGAAAAA